AGGUGUGGAUAGGGAUGGUUGUUGAAACCCUAAGCAUAGAGAGGGUAAUUGGACUUUACAAGUGCCCAAAUCCCCAUUUCAGAAUUGAAUCACUUUUCUCACAUAUAUGCAACCCUCCACACCAAACUGCUCAACCACUCUACCCCACCAUUCACACAUAUAUAUAACUAUAUCAUCUUUCUCUCCUCAUUUCCUCAUAAUCAUCUAUCCCCCAAAUAACAUUUCCGUAAGAUAAAAGACCUCGAACCCUGUCCCAAGGAUUGAAGUACAAAUAGACUCCAAACCCGAACAGGCUUGGGAGAAUUGGUAUCCUAACAACAUCUUGCCACAUUCAAUCUCUUUCAUUCCUCGUAGAAUCACAAAGAAAGAAUAGGACAUACCGACAUAUUAGACAUUGUAUCAUUGACAUUGUAUAUUUUCCUUUUUGAUUAAGCCUCCCUAAUUACAAAUUUGGCUAUAAUUGUGAUUGAUUGACAUGGCUAAUAUGUUGAGACCCAUGUUAUUAUUCUCUUGCAUUCUCAUUUCUCUGUUCUUGUCAACCUCUGCUCAAUCAUGUGCCAAGUAUGCUUUUCCAAAAAACCAGGUCUUUAGUGCCUGCAAUGAUCUUCCAUUUUUGGACUCUUUUCUUCAUUGGACUUACAACCCUUCAACCAAAACUGUCCAAAUUGCCUAUCGGCACACCAAAAUCACAUCUUCGAAAUGGGUAGCAUGGGCAAUUAAUCCGAGUUCCAAAGGCAUGGUUGGGGCACAGGCACUUGUUGCUUUCAGAAAAUCUGAUGGAACCGUGAGAGCUUAUACGUCUCCGGUAACUAGCUACUCAACCCAAUUGCAAGAAGGAAAACUGGCUUUCGAGGUCUCAGGUUUAUCUGCCACGUUUUCGAAAGAUGAAAUGACCAUUUUCGCUACCUUGAAAUUGCCAAGCAAUGGAACCACUGUGAACCAGGUUUGGCAAGAAGGUCCGCUUUCAGGUAAUGCUCCUAAGAUUCAUGAAACUAGUGGACCUAAUGUGCAAUCCAUGGGGACUCUGAAUCUUGCUUCCGGCAAAUCAGUGACAACAGGAGGAUCAAAUUCCAAAACCAAGAGAAGGAAUAUACAUGGGAUACUGAAUACAGUGGGUUGGGGAGUUAUGAUGCCUAUGGGCGCUAUAAUUGCAAGGUACUUGAGGGUAUUCAAACGUGCGGACCCUGCAUGGUUUUAUCUUCACGUUUCUUGCCAACUCUCAGCCUACAUUGCUGGUGUUGCUGGAUGGGCAAUUGGUAUCCAGCUUGGUAACGAGAGCCCUGGCACUCAAUACCCUACCCACAGAAAUAUUGGGAUUGUCCUAUUCUGCUUCGGAACCCUUCAGGUGUUUGCUUUGCUUCUAAGGCCAAACAAGGAUCACAAGUACAGAUUUUACUGGAACAUGUACCACCACUCUAUAGGAUACUCUACCAUCAUCCUUAGCAUCAUCAACAUAUUCAAAGGGUUUGACAUCUUGAAGCCUGGGAAGAUGUGGGAAAAAAUUUAUGUGGGCAUCCUGGUGUGGUUGGCAUUCAAUGCAGUACUGUUGGAAGCUUAUACAUGGUACAUUGUUGUGAAGAGGAAGAAGACAUCAAACAUGGAAAAGAUGUCCAAUGGGAAUGAUGGAUUAUAUGGGUAAAAUGUUCAAAGAUGAUACCCACGAAUGCCUACUAUGAGAGCUUGAACCUCUCACCUUCUCUUUAAGGGAGGAGAAGUUAUACCAGCAGUACUAAUAGAAGUUUUAAAUAUUAUGUUGUUGUACUCUUAUAUGUAUUUAUCAUCUAUAAUCGUGAUGAGUAUGAGAGAAUUAGGACAAGCCAUGUAUUUGGGGGAGCUUAGGGUUAGAUAUAUAUUUUCAGAGUUACGGAAUUGUUGUGCUGGAUUACUAAAUGAAUUUGGGUUUUUAUAUAUCAAA